AUGACCGAUCAAUAUCUUGCAUCAUUAAUUGAUUCAACAAGAAGUAUAUCUUUUGAUUCUGGUACACUUCUGACAAGUUCAGCUAUAAAUGCAUUACAUUUUCCUGGUCUUUCAACAUCGGGAAUAUCUGAUUCAGGUGGUAACCGUCGAGCAAGUCUUCUUCUCGAUGGUAUUGGCAUGUGUGAAUCAAUGACUGAAAGUUUCUGUUCAACAGGUGGUCAAGAUGAUACAAUGAUAAUUAACACUUCAAACAUUCUUCAAUCAGAUUCAUCUAUGAUAAAUAAUUUGAAACUUGAACGAAAAGAUUCAACUGCACAAAGAAAACGACGUUCACGUAAAUCACAAUUCGAUGCAUCAGUAGAUGGUACACCACUUGAUAAAAUCGAAACUGUUGCUUUAAUUGAUGAACAAAAUGAACCCGAUGAUGUUUGGUUAUUUGAAGUACCAAAGGAUGGACAAAAUAAUGGUCAAACAACUGAUAAUAUAUUUUCUUGGGUACAUAAAGAGUUUAAAACAAAUGAUAUUAAUGCCAGUAAACAUCGUCUUCUUUGUAAACUUGAUGAUAUGUCGCAUGCACGAACAAUAAGAAGUGUAUCAUGUCAUAAUUUUGCUGAUAGUCAAAGAUUGGAUGCUGUAAAAAAAAGUUCAACUGAACAACAAGUUACUUCAGAACCCGUUAAAACUGGUCGAUUAAGUUCACCAAUACGUAUAUUAAAUAUGAAUCCACGACCAACAUUAUCUGUUAAUUUAUCACCACUCCAACCUGUUAUUACAAUUGCAAAUGCAAGUGAAAAUAAUCAUACUGUAAAAUCAAGAGAAGUUUCAAGAGAACGAGAAAAAGAACCACCAAUGGAUUAUACAGAUCUUGAAGUUAUGGCUAAAUUACAACUGGAAAAUUUACGUCAAGCAGAACAACAAGGUCCAUUAUCUAAACGUUUUGGCGGUUCUAAUGUUUCCCUUGCAUCAACAGGCAGCGGUACAAGUGUAUCUAUCUCAAAUCGAACAGGAACUAAACCACCGGUUGCACCAAAACCUACGAUAACGAAAAAUGGUGUUAAAUUAAGUCAAUAUUCUCGAUCGAAUACACAAACGAUUACAACGAAUAAAUCUAAUGAAUAUGAUGUCCCAGUUAUUACUGAACCCAAAUUAUUAUCAGCACGUGCUAGUGUUUUACCACCAAAUUCAGCUAAUAAUAAUCGUACACGUCCACCGAUAGCUCGACCAAUUCAAGCAUAUCGUGGUUCACAAACAUCUUAUAUAAAUAAUGUUAAAGUUCAAAAUGCAUCAACAUCUGUUCAAAGAAAUGGUAGAAAACCAAUUACUGAUUU